CAGCUGAUGCAGACACAGAAAUGUUCUUUAUUUCCUGUGCAGAUGUGCGGUGCCUCAUCCUCCCUUCGUCCGGUGCUUGAGAGGCCGGGCACCGCACUUGUGAUUUCUGCAAUGACAAGGAGCUCAGCCCAUUAACCUGCUCCAAACUGGGAAAGCUGCGCCUUUGGGACAAAGAGAUGUCAUGAAAUAACACCCUGCAGUCAGCCCUGGAAACUUCAUGGGAGCAGAGGUUAAGAGGAAACUUUUAAAAGAAAAAAGAGUUUUUCCAGACUGAAGCGGAGGACUUGGGAAGAAUACACAAAAUGGCUUCGGAAGGAAAAAAGCUUUUCAACAUCAUUAUUUUGGGAGUUUCGUUUAUGUUUAUAUUCACUGCUUUCCAAUCCUGUGGAAAUAUUGCGCAAACUGUUAUCACGAAUUUAAACAGCACAGACUUUCAUGGCAGUGGCUACACGAGCAUGUCCAUUAUUUAUGGAGUAUUGUCUGCAUCAAAUCUUAUAUCACCUUCACUGGUUGCAAUAGUGGGUCCUCAAUUCUCCAUGGUUAUUAGUGGUGUGUUUUAUAGCCUGUACAUUGCAGUCUUUAUCCAGCCAGCUACCUGGGCUUUCUACACUGCCUCUGUGCUCAUUGGCAUUGCAGCUGCUGUCCUCUGGACAGCUCAGGGAAAUUGCUUGACUGAAAAUUCUGAUGAAAACACCAUUGGAAGGAACAGUGGAAUAUUUUGGGCACUCUUGCAGUUCAGCUUGAUUUUUGGAAAUAUGUAUAUCUACUUUGCUUGGCAAGGAAAAACUCACAUAUCAGAGAGCGAUCGCAGAACUGUCUUCAUUGCUCUGACUGUUAUCAGUCUUGUGGGCACAGUUCUGUUCUUUCUGAUUAGGAAACAAGAGGACACAAAAGCUCCAGGGGAUGAUGAUUCCACUAAUGAAAUCCUGGGGGAGAGCUCGUCUGCACGAAACACAAUGAUGAGAGCAGUGGCUGCCUUCAAGAAAUCUAUUACACUGAGCUUCACCAAAGAGAUGCUGCUCCUCAGUGUUACCACAGCCUACACAGGUUUGGUGCUAACAUUCUUUUCUGGAGUGUAUGGAACAUGCAUUGGUGCUGUGAACAAGUUUGGCAGUGAAGAGAAAAGCCUGAUUGGUCUCUCUGGUAUUUUUAUUGGUGUUGGAGAAAUCUUGGGGGGAGGAAUCUUUGGCUUACUGAGCAAGAGGAAUCGCUCUGGCAGGAACCCAGUGGUGAUGCUGGGCAUCCUUGUACACUUCAUAGCCUUUUAUUUAAUCUUUUUCAACAUGCCAAAUGAUGCCCCCAUUGCUCCCAUGGAAGGAACAGAUCAAGUUGCUUAUAUGAUUCCAAGCAAGGAGGUGGCCAUGCUCUGCAGCUUCCUGCUGGGGCUGGGGGACAGCUGCUUCAACACCCAGCUCCUCAGCAUUUUGGGAUUCCUGUAUUCAGAGGACAGUGCUCCUGCCUUUGCCAUCUUUAAGUUUGUGCAGUCCAUCUGUGCUGCAGUUGCCUAUUUCUACAGCAACUACUUCCUGCUGCAGUGGCAGCUCCUGAUCAUGGUGCUCGUGGGUUUUUUUGGAACAAUCACCUUCUUCACCGUGGAGUGGGGAGCAGCAGCAGCCCUUGCUACCCGUGGCUCAGACUACAGCAGCAUCUGAUCCCUGUGCCAGCCCUGCUCUGCCAGGAGGAACAGCACAGGAAUGCUUUUGGGAGGUGUGAAAAGGUGAAAGAGGUCGAGUUCCUGCAGAGGUUGAGAUGGAGGAAGCUGCUACUUCAAUCCAACUGAAUGUGAAACAGGAGUGGGGGAAAAAGCCACAUUUGAAAGGCUUUCUUUCCUUGCUUUGAUCAUCUGAGCGUGGUAUUGUGUUGUUAAAAAUCUACUAUUGGAAAUGGAAGGAAAUGUAGGGACCCAUGUAUUGAAAAAUCUCUUCUGAGAUGGCCCUUUCAGAAUGUAAUUGCCUAAUUUCACUCUGCCAUGCACUACAGAAUUAGUUUGGGGUUUUGUCCCUUAAAUUAUUUUUCCUAUAUUCUGGUUCUGCAGACAUUUGAAUUCCUGUAUUGAAUGAGUAAUAUUUUUAUAAGGUACAUUAUAUUGCAGAUCAUGUCUGCACAGCUGAGAAAUCAAUUAGGCAUUGAAUUUUUCAACAAUUAGAUGUGAGGAAGUAUUUCUGUGGGAAAUGUUGCCUUAUUCUGUAAACCUCAGCUCCUUGUUUCCCAACCAUUUGUUUAUGAAUCUAUUUCAUGUGCUUAAGUUGUCAGAUCCAUGGGGGUUUUUUGUUUGGUUGGGUUUUUUUUUCUGUUUUGGACUUUUUUGGUUUUGGCGUUUUUAUUUUUUAUUUUUUUGUAAGGAAGUUGAUUAGGUUAUAGUGUGACAUGAUAGAUUUUACAACAAUUUGAAGAAAUCACCUUUGGCCAUCUAAAGGAUGGGAUCCCAAGGCCUAUGAAAUAUUGAUGGUGGAAAACAGCUUCUGGCUCAGCAUCUCAGAAUUGAACUGAGUGGAAAAGGUGCUGAACCUUCCUCAGGGUAGUGCUUUAUGAAGGACCAUAAUCCAUGGCUUCCCUCCCAGAAUCCCAAAUAGUUCUUUUGAGUUCAAUGGCAUUUGCAUCAUAAAAUGAUGAAAAUCUGUGAUGGGAGCACUAAGACAACUUUUAAAAGAAAUAGCUUCAGAAUGUGAACUGUCAGAAUAAUACUGCAGUGUUUCUUCUACUGCAUAACCUGAAACACUUGUCCUAAGUUGUUUUAUUCAGUCUGUUUUGGGAAAAUUGAACUGUCAUCAUACUCUUUACAAAUAGAAAAGCAAGGUUACUGGCACAGUAAUUAAAUUUUAAUCCAGAACUGUUAUAGAUGAUGUAACAGGCAGUGACUUUAUCUGCCUACAUAAAACUCUGAAGUACUUGCAGUUGUGUUUGGUGGGCAGAGAGCAGGCAUGGAAUAUUGAGAAGGUAUUUUUAGACACUCCAUGAGCUAUUUUUAGAAAAGAGCCGUUCACCAACCUUCUUUUAUGCCCAGUCAGAAUGUUAAUGUCUUUAAAGACAAGUUAAAAAAGACUCACUGGUUACCUGUCAGUAGCUCCCAAGUGUUUUAACCGUGUAGGAGCUCCCAAGGUUGACCCUGGCGAGGGAGGGUGGCAUCUCCUGUGACACUUGCUGUCACUUUUUCUCUCCAGGAGCAAAACUCAACUCAGUGUCACAGCUCCUGUGGAGCACAGCCCUGGCUGUGCACAGCCAAACAGCCCAGGGCCAUCUUUUUACAGGGAUAGAGAAAGGGAUUUUUAAAUUCACAGCAGGUUUGUGCUGUGACAUCAGCAAGGUGUUAAUGGCAGGGUGAGAGGGCACCUGAAUAUCCAGCAGGCUGAGAAAUCUGUGAGGACAACCUGGAGAGAGAGGCUUGUGUGUAUCCCCAGGAGAUGUAAUGAAUGAUGUAAAAGAGAAUGAGGCUGGACAUGUAUUUGAGUGAGGGGUUACCAGAGCCAUUCCAAUCUGUCAGGCAGCCUGAAAAAGCAUUCAGUGUUCAAUCAAUAAGUGAUUAAUGGGAGCAGCAGCACUGCAAAGCCUCUCUCUCACCCACUCCUGUUACCCUGCAAUUUGAAGCAUAAGACUUUUAUAUACUGAGCACUACAAAGGUGUGGAUUAAAGAGUGCUGCCAGUGAUUAAAAUUCUCUUGAUGCUACACAUUUUUAUUUUCUCCAGAGUACCAAAAGGGAUAAAGAGCUUUUUAUUCCAGAUAGGGAAUUACUGAAUUUUUUUCCUCCAAACCCUUUAGGAUCCCUGUUUUCCCCAUCACAUUAAUGAGAGCAGAACAGCUUGAAAGUUCACAAGGAGCAGGUUUUUUUUACAGUGUAUUUAGGGGAAAAAAUGGUUCUUGGCUCUUGUGAUGAGUAACUUGUAAGUGCUUUUUAAACAAUGUCAUUUAAUUGUAAGUAGGUUAUGGCUCUCAUGAGAUUGCUUUUUAAAUUGGGCCCUUUUAAUGAUGAACUUCUGUGAUGUUCAUUUGCCAUAUAAGAAUUAUAUGAACUAUUUUAUUAGAAAUUAAAAUGCUAAGUUUAUGUAGUUUCAAAAAGCAUUUUGAAACUAACUCAGAGGGAUACUAAUGAACAAGGACUUGUGGGUUUUCAGUACCUCUGUGAAUCUGAUGCUUUACUUUUUUUUCUUUUUCCUCUUUUCUGGUCUGACUCAGUAUCAGAUAAUCUUAGAAGGCUGCUCAGAACUAUUUAUAGGGUCAUUAAAGGGAAGUGUUAUUGCUCUGUGACAAGUUUUACAAGAAAUCAUGACAUUCUCAAGGCUGCAUCAUGGAUAGCUUUUGUUUUUUACUAUUAACUAUGUAAGUAUUGCUUUUGACAUUUGAUCUGAAGGGAGACCUCAGUUAUUCAGGCUGCUGUGACAGAUGAUUGCUUUUCACUUAUUCAUAUUUCUUUAAUAUGCCAAGAGGGGAGAAAUCCUCUCCAAUGUACACAGUUUUUCAUUUGAUUGAAAAAUAUAUAUGUAUAUUUGGUGAAUAUAAAGAACAGAAACACUGGCAUCCAUUUAUGAUUCCAUCUCUUAAUCUGUUAAUCAGCAUUUACCAACAGUGAGGCUGUGCCCCCUUCAUUUCACCUCAGUGGCCUUUGAACAAUUUAAUGGUAAUCUGGAUUGUUAAAUUAAGAGGGAUUUUAAAAAAGACUUUUGCUUUAUCUGUGGGUUUGUUUUAUAUUAGAGAUUUCAUCUUUAUAAGCAAAGUUAUACAUGAAGUUGCUUUGGUUUAUUAAAAAGUCCUCUUUCAUUUUUUCCUCCCUCAUUCUCUGAGGGUGUUACUAAGGUUUAAUAUCUUGACAUACCACAUCCUCAAGGUCUUCAAACAAAAAAAACCCACUAAACAGGAAAUGAAAACUGCUUUUCUUGUCAACUGAAUGCCAAAUAAGCUGCUACAAAUUAGUCUUUAAUGAAUCUCAUAUAAACAUAUCUGCAUUUUGUCCUGCCAGUUGGUUUUCAUUUUGAUGCAUGGAUGCAUGGACUGAGAAUUUCUACAACUGUGGCCUUCCUUCCUAAUUAAUGAUGUGAUUUUACUAAUGUUGUGUUUAAUUUAAUUAGGUACAAUCUAUGUUAGCAAGUUGAGAUAAGGAAGAGAACCUAAAAUUAUCAAACAUUUUUAAAAAAUAAUUCAAAUCUACAAAUUUCUGCAGGUACUGCUAAACUCUUAAGGGAUAUUUAAAAAAAUCCCCAUAAAAACCUUAACCAAGGUCCCUAUCUUAGCAGAAACCUUUCUGUGGUACAGUUAUGAAAAACAAGAAAUCUUGUGCUGGUAAGUUCUUUGAAUAUUUGUGACCAUUUUAAAAUAUACUGGAGAGAGAACUUCCUGGUGGGGUUUGCUGUGACUUAAUGGAAAAAAAUCAUUUAAGUGUAUAAAUUCAGGACCAACUGUCAGUUAAGCAGACAAAAUUCCUCUGGAAUUUUUCCUUCUUGGAAUUGCUCAAGUUUACUUCAGCUGGUGGAUGUGGUUCCCUGCCAGUAAUUAAUGCACAGAGAGCUGUGUGAACAGAGCACUAAAUUCUGUAUUUUAGGGCAAACAUGAAUUGUUUGCUGUCAGUAUAAACAGGAAAUUCAAUGUUCAGCAUCCUGCCAGGAGCCACAGUCCCCACCUUGAACCCAAACUGUGCAAGUGUGUUAGUCAAGGCACGACCUUACCAUCACAACCAUUCAUUUUCCUGGGGAAAUGUGUGUUUGAAGGUUUUAUCCACACCUCUGUUUCCUUUGUAGACCCACAACUGUUAAUUGAAUGGCAGCAGCAGUUAAUACCAUGUUUUCUUUGAUCCCUGUCUAACAUGCAGGCAGAAAUAAUAAAAGAUGGGAUAAUUUAGAGAUGGAGCUGAACUGGGCAGUUUGAUGCUUUAUGAGGGUUUUGCCCUGAUGAUAUGACCAUGCUGCUUCAAAAGCAAGAUUGAGACUGUUGUCAUUUUUGUGGAUAAAUUCAGAAUAAAUGUAUUUUCAGAGGUUAUGUUAGUACCACGGAGAAGCACCAAUAAGAGUGAGGAUAACAUCCUUAAAAUGCAAUAAAGAGCAAAUCUGGAAGUGAGAAUUGGUCUCAGUGUGCACAUGAAAGGGGUGCUUUGUUCAAUUGAGUUUGUACAUUGGAAAUUGAGAUUUCUGUUUAGUUCAUACUGCCUCUGUUAAAUUGAUUAUCUCAGCUGUUGAGAGUCUUCCUUCUCUUUGUUUUUUUACAUUUUGACACUGUGCAGAAGUCUAACUGAUGGAGACUUUUUUACCUUUCAAAGGUGUCCUUGGGUUGGAAUUAGUGGUAAUUGAGAGCAGGCUCCCAUAAUGAUUAUCCCUAAUGGAAACGCUGAUUUCAAGUGAGUGUUCUGACUCUUCCUUUCAUGCUCCCAGCCAUGCAAAUAAAAGCGAAUUACAGCCA